CCGCCGCCGGGUAGUAAAGGCUCCGCCGCGCGCGCGGGGGUGCGCGAGCGGCACCGGCACCGGCACUGGCACCGGGCGCAGUGCCCCGCCGCCUCCCCCGCGCCCCCCGCUCGCCAUGGUGGCCACCGAGGGGCUGCGGGAGAUGGAGGGCAGCGCGCUGCAGCGCCUGGUGUGCCGCGACGAGGCCGGCGCCGGUAGCCCCGGCGGCCCGGGCCGGUGCCUGGUGCUGGACUGCCGCCCUUUCCUGGCCCAUAGCGCCGGGCACAUCCGCGGGGCGCUCAACGUCCGCUGCAACACGAUCGUGCGGCGGCGGGCCAAGGGGGCGGUGAGCCUGGAGCAGAUCCUGCCGGCGGAGGGCGAGGUGCGGGCGCGGCUGCGGGCCGGCCUCUACGCCGCCGUGGUGGUGUACGACGAGCGCAGCCCGCGCGCCGAGGCCCUGCGCGAGGACAGCACCGUGGCGCUGGUGGUGCGCGCGCUCCGCCGCGACACGGCGCGCGCCGACAUCCGCCUCCUGGCAGGGGGUUAUGAGCGUUUCUCCUCAGAGUACCCUGAAUUCUGUGCAAAAACCAAGUCCCUGAGCAAUGUGUCACCCCCCACCAGCGCCGAGCCCCUGGAUUUGGGCUGCAGUUCCUGUGGGACCCCCCUUCAUGACCAGGGUGGCCCUGUGGAAAUCCUUCCCUUCCUCUACCUUGGCAGCGCCUACCACGCUGCCCGGCGGGACAUGCUUGAUGCGCUGGGCAUCACAGCCCUGCUCAACGUCUCCUCAGACUGCCCCAACCACUUCGAGGGGCACUACCAGUACAAGUGUAUCCCCGUGGAGGAUAACCACAAAGCUGACAUCAGCUCCUGGUUCAUGGAGGCAAUUGAAUACAUCGACUCGGUGAAGGAGUGUUGUGGCCGGGUCCUAGUCCACUGCCAGGCUGGUAUCUCCCGCUCCGCCACCAUCUGCUUGGCUUACCUGAUGAUGAAGAAGCGUGUCAAGCUGGAGGAGGCCUUUGAGUUUGUCAAGCAACGCCGGAGCAUCAUCUCCCCUAACUUCAGCUUCAUGGGGCAGCUGCUGCAGUUUGAGUCGCAGGUGUUGGCCACCUCAUGCGCAGUGGAAGCUGUCAGCCCCUCGGGGACACUGCGGGAGAGGGGCAAGGCCACCUCCACCCCCACCUCCCAGUUUGUCUUCAGCUUCCCAGUCUCUGUCGGUGUCCAUGCCACCCCCAGCAGCCUCCCAUACCUGCACAGCCCCAUCACCACGUCGCCCAGCUGUUAGCUCAGAGGCUGAGGCCAGCCAGGCAGAUAGUGCCAGGCGUGGAGGGGGCAGGUGGGCAUGGAGCCCCGUGUUGUUAAGCAAUAGUGCCGGACACUGCCGUUCACCCUGGACUCAACGUCUUUUUUGUAGAGAAAUUUCUUACCUCAUCUUGGUUGUUUUUCUUUUUAAUUUUAUGUUUUGAAAGCAUGAAACUUGUGAAAGCCACAAACCCUGACAUUGUCCAGGCUCUUUGGGGGAGAAAAAAAAAAAAGUAUACUGGGUUUCCUCAAGUGCCUGGUCUUCGUCUAUUUCCAUCUCUAUUUUAUUGUCCUGUUUUUUAAAAAAAAAUACACUUCCCCUUCUCCCCUUAUUUCUGCCUCUAGCUCAUCGGGGUUGAAAAGGGAGCAUACCCUCUUUUUAUCGCGCAGCAGUCCUUCCCCCUCGCACAAAGACUCAUGGGUGGGUGCUGCUUACCUGAGCCAGGUGUGCUGGGUGACGAGCAGAGCGGCAGGCAGGGCCUGGGGGCAAGCAGGAGUGGUGGCACAGGGCUGCCUGCAGCCAGCCUCACCCCUGCCCACACCUGGGGAGGCGAUGCAGGAGCUGGCAGGCACCUGCCAAGUCACCAGCUGAGCCCAUUCCUGUUGGGGAGAGCAACCUCUGGCUGGGAGGUGGUUUGUUGGAGGAGGUUUAGUCCUAAACAUCUCUUUUCUUGCCUCUCUGGAUCUCUUGUUCCUGCAAAACUUAUGUCCGAUCUCCUGUGUCUUCAAGAGGAUACAGAAGGUGUGGGGGCAGCAGUCUGGGCUUUUCAUUACUGUGUUCGGUUUCCUCUCCAUCCAUCCCACCGCUGCUCUUCAUCCAGCAGCGUGGGACAUGGUUGGACUGUAACGGAGAGCAGCAGGUGGCGGGCCCAAGGAUGUCAUCCAUCCAUUCAGCAUUUCCAAACUUCCUCCACCUCAUGACUGGUGUGUGCCACAGGCUGGACUCUUUGUACAACAUCCACUUGCCCCUUCUCCCCCUGAGCUGGGUCAUGUUCACCUGUGCAACGCUGCUGCAGCUUUUGGUCCAAGCCUAGAACAUGCCUCAUCUUCAACCCUCCUGGAGCCUUAUUUCCCACCCUACCUCUCUCCUUCCCCCCACAGUCCAAUCCAACACAAGAUGCCUGUGUGGCUGAUGUACAUAUGUAUGGUUUUGUUCCUUUUUUUUUUUUUUUUUUAGAAAUUAACUUUUUAUUUAUUGCUUGAGGGAGGGAGA